CGGCGCGGCAAGAUGGCGGCGUCCUGCGAGCAAUUGCAGUAGCACGAAGGGGAAUUCUUCCUAAUGGACAACUGAGCACAUCGGGCCUGCUGAGAUUCUGCAAGCUUGAGGCAGGCUGGGCCGGUACCAUGCUGGACAAGGCAGUGCUGGUGGAGUCCCUGCUGGUGUUCGGGGUGGUGCUGUCGGUGCACGCCGUGGUCUGGGACCGCUUCUCCUGGUGCGCCCUGGCCUUGGCCCUGCAGGCCUUCUACGCCCAGUUCAAAUGGGACCAGCUGCUGCAGCAGGGAGGGGCCGUGUUCCAGUUCCGGGGGGCAGCCAACAGCGGCCUCCUGCCCGCCAGCAUGGUCAUCCCCCUGCUGGGGGUGGUGAUGAAGGAGAGGUGCAGGGCUGCCGGCAUCGUGUACUUCGAGCGCUUCGGUGUCGUCGUGGCCUCCACGGGAAUGCUGCUGGCGCUCUUCCUGUCCGUCCUGGCGGUGGGCAUCACCAAACCCGUGCCAACCAACACCUGCAUCCUGACUGGUGUUGCUGGCAGCGUAAUUAUCUACACCAUGAAACAUUCCUUGACUGUCUCAGAGGUGAUAGAGGUUCUAGAAGUGCUGCUCAUUUUCGUCUACCUCAGUAUGAUCUUGCUGUACUUGUUGCCUCGGUGUUUUACUCCUGGGGAAGCGCUGCUGGUUCUUGGAGGUGUAAGUUUUGUUCUCAAUCAGCUCAUUAAACGCUCACUGAAUGUAGUUGAGGGCAGAGGGGAUCCCAUUGACUUCUUCCUCCUGGUAGCAGUUGUCGGAGUUGUUCUUCUUGGUCUUUUUUUCACUGUGCUCUUCACUUUCAUGGAUUCGGGCACGUGGAUCUCCUCCAUGUUUUUCCACAUGAUGACAGCAGUGUUAGGCUUAGGGGUCAUCAUGCCUUGGCUAUACCGACUGAUCCACAGGAACCCUUUGUUCUGGCUGCUCCAGUUUCUGUUUCAGACACAGACAAGACUUUACCUCCUUGUGUAUUGGACUUUCUUGGCUGCCUCAGCAUGUGGAGUGGUUUUCUACCAGAACGCCAAGAGAUCAUCUGAAUCUAAAAAACACCAGGCCUCGACCAUAACCAGGAAAUAUUUCCACUUCAUUGUUGUAGCUACUUAUGUUCCUGGACUCAUUUAUGACCGCCAGCUCCUCUAUGUUGCUGCAGUGCUGUGUCUGGCAGUGUUUGUCUUCUUAGAGUACGUGCGGUACUUCAGGAUCAAACCUUUUGGACAAACCCUGAGGCAUUUGCUCUCUCUCUUCUUGGAUGAAAGAGACAGUGGACCUCUAAUCUUGACUCAUAUUUAUCUCCUCCUUGGCAUGUCCCUCCCAGUGUGGUUGUUUCCCAGAUCUUGUGCUCCUAAAGGCACCUUGCCCGGGGCAGGAGCACUGGUCCCCUACUCUGGGGUGUUGGCAGUGGGGGUAGGAGACACCAUUGCCUCUGUUUUUGGCAGUACAAUGGGGGAAAUCAAAUGGCCAGGAACAAAGAAGACCUUUGAAGGGACAAUGACAGCUAUUUUUGCCCAGAUCAUUGCUGUGGCUCUCAUUCUGAUCUUUGACAGCAGUGUGAAUCUGAACUCCAGCUAUGCCUGGAUUCUGGCAUCUGUGAGUUUGGUUUCUCUUUUGGAAGCUUACACUACUCAAAUUGAUAAUCUGCUGUUGCCUCUCUACCUCCAGAUCAUGCUCAUGGCAUAGAAGCACUUCCAGGAACAGAGUUUUCUCCCUUCCUAGAGAAAGGUACUAGAAAAUGCACUUUAAUGGAAGCUCAAAGCUGAUGUUUUGGUACAGCAGAGAAAAUUGUUGAGAACAGAAAUGAAAAAGACUUAUUUAAAAUAAAGGUUUUGAUUUAGUCUUGUUUUUACCCAUGGAAAAUAGAUUUAUGUUCUAACAGCAACAAACAUGACUGAUAAAAACAGCACUUGUGCGUAAUAAUCCAGUUUAAGUUUCUUCUGGGUACCCAAGGGAAGCAGAGGAAGAAGAGGUAAGUCAAUUAGAGAGGACAAAAUAAGCAAGCAGGUCUCUCAGAUGUUGCUACCUCUGUACUGUACCUUGUUUUCUGUACUGAGUCCUGUGUCUUGUGUUUGAUGUGUGAACUCUCACUUCUGUAUAAGCACCAUGUAAAGCAUGUUUGAUAACAAGGGGGGGGCACAGGAACCAGGUACAAGUGUCCAGUUAUGUCCAGUCCUCAUCAGCAAGAGCCAAAACCACACCAUGAUGCACAAACACAACUCCAAAACCAGCACCUGCCACAGCUGAGUUAUCCAGGGUGAAGGUUUGGGGAUGUCAGACACUGCUCAUUCCAGAUUAUACUAAUAAGAACAGUGAAUCUUUAGCCCUGAAGUUUGCUUCAGCAAGAAAAAUGUUUUCUCUUUCUCAAGAUUUAA